AUGAAGGGGCAAGAGAAGAAUGGACAAGCUAGUGGUUCUAGUGAUGCUCCAAUGAAGAACCACUUCUAUGCUCUUCGUACUAGGAGUGAGCAAGAGACCUCUCCUGAUGUGGUGACCGGUAUGUUACAAGUGUUUACUAUUGUUGUUUAUGCUUUACUUGAUCCGGGUGCUACUUUGUCUUUUGUUACAUCUUUUGUGGCUAAAAAGUUUGAUACUUUACUCGAUGUCUUGCAUGAGCCUUUCUUAGUGUCUACACCGGUGGGUGAUUCGGUUGUUGGAAAGAGGAUUUAUAGAAAUUGUCCUACUGUGUUUCCCAAUAGAGUUUCUAAUGUUGAUCUAGUUGAACUAGAUAUGCUUGAUUUUGAUAUUAUUUUGGUGAGAGUCCAAGAUCUUGGCUCCGAAAUUCCUCCCAUUAAGUCGGUAUCCGUAGUGAGUGAAUUUCCGGAGGUUUUCCCUAAUGACCUUCACGGUAUUCCUGUCGAAUGGGAAAUUGAUUUUUGUAUCGAUUUGCUACCGAAAACAAAUCCUAUUUCAAUUCCUCCUUAUCGAAUGCCUUCAGCUGAAUUGAAGGAGUUGAAGGCAAAACUUAAAGAUUUGCUAGAUAAGGGAUUUAUAAGGCCUAGAAUUUCUCCAUGGGGUGCUCCGGAGUUAAAACUCCGGCAAAGAAGGUGUCUAGAGCUAUUGAAGGACUAUGAUAUGAGUGUCCUUUAUCAUCCGGGAAAGGCGAAUGUUGUAGCGGAUGCUCUUAGCCGUUUGUCUAUGGGUAGUGUUUCUCAUGUUGAUGAAGCCAAAAGGGGACUUGUGAAAGAGGUUCACCGUUUGGCUAGAUUGGGAGUGAGAUUGUAG